CACAGCAGUGCUUUACUGAGGAGCAAAGAGCCUGAGCAAACAGUUGGCUAAAGGGAGCUUCACUUCAACCAGUCAGGACUUUGAUUCCUAACUCACUCCAACCAAUCCUGUUCACUUUGCCUCUUCAGGACCUCCAGCACCGCUAAAGAAUCAGACUGGACCAGGACAGCUUGUAUUCCAGCAGAGCAAGAACAUAGGUGCAAGUAUCUCAUUUUUGAAACAUAGAAAAAGGUUAAGAUGUCUUUGCGCACGGUGGCUCUGACUGUCAUCCUGCUGCUGGUGCUGACAGAAGCGUGGGCGCAGAACCCAAGGAAGAGGCUGGCACCACCCAAGCCUCCAAAGGCACAGUGCUGCGAUGAGGUGCGCUCCCUGAAGGUACAGGUGGCCAACCUAACCAGCAUCCUGGAGGAGCUGAACCGCAAGCAGGAGGCAGACUUGAUGAACAUAGUUCGGCAGAUGAUGGAGCUGGACAAGCAGAACCGGCAGCAGGAGGCCCGCGUCACAGAGGCCGAGAGCAAGUAUUCCGAGAUCAACAACCGGGUGGAGAUCAUGCAGCUACAAGCCGUCGAGUCUGCCAUUCAGACCUCGUCAGAUGCUGUCUACGACUGCGCAUCCCUGUACACUAAGAACUACAAGAUCUCGGGGGAGUACAAACUGCCUGCAGAUGACUUCCUGAAUACCCCUGAGAUCAACGUAUUCUGUGACAUGGAAAGCAAUGGCGGUGGGUGGACAAUCAUCCAGAGACGCAAGGUGGGCCUGACCUCCUUCAACCGCGACUGGAAACAAUACAAGAACGGCUUUGGCACCAUCCGCGGAGACUUCUGGCUGGGCAAUGACAACGUCUUCCGUAUGACAAGGCAACCCAGCACACUGAGGAUAGAGAUGGAGGACUGGGAAGGCCAGACCCGCUUUGCAGAGUACAGCUACUUCACAGUGAAAAACGAGUUGAACAGCUACAAACUCUUCAUCGCCAACUAUAGUGGAAACGCCGGGGACUCUCUGCGCUACCACAACAACACCAACUUCAGCACCAAGGGCAAGGACAACGACAAAUGUGUGGACGACUGUGCUUCACUACGCAAAGGUGGUUACUGGUACAACUGUUGCACUGACUCCAACCUGAAUGGCGUGUUCUAUCGCUAUGGCGACCACAUCAAGAACUCAGAUGGAAUCACUUGGUACGGCUGGCACGGGCCCAACUACUCCCUGAAGAGGGUGGAGAUGAAGAUCCGGCCACAGAAUUUUCAACCAUAAAGGCUUCGAACUUCAAACCCUGGAUGAUGUGCAUGCUUGCCGAGAGAUUUAACAAAGCCUCUGAGAAAACAAAGUCUUUCCCCUUGACCUUUGUUAUUGCCUGGAAUAUUUCUAUGGGUUGAAUGUGUAAUGCAUUUAACAUGUUUGAUUGUAAAUUGUAGUUAGUUUUGUAUUUAUCGUUGAAAUACUUUAUUUUCUUAAAAGCUUUACAGAAGCCUCUUUACCACUGUUCUGUAAGGGUAACUGAAUGUUGCUUCCCUCCAUCUGUCUCAAAGCAAUAGGGUAUAUUUAUCAGUCCUAACUCAAGCUGUCUACUAGCCUGUGGUUAAGUUGAUUACAUGUAUUUGGCAGGUAUGACAAUGCAAAAAAAAAAAUAUAUGAAGAUCCAUCAAGUGUUUUGCAAUGGGCCUUUGUGAGCUGCUGGAAUGGGAAUGACCACCCAAUGUACUUUCAUCAGAAGUACCCGAAAGAUUUUUAUUGUGAGAGAAAAUAACAUGUAGAUUUUUGGGGAAUUGUGUCCUUUGUAAAACGUGUACAGCUCUAUAUUGUGUUGUUUUGUGGGAUAGAAAAUAAAUGUGUAUUUUUAAAAAAACAAA